CUCUCUUUCUAUCUAGUAUGACAAAAAACAUUUAUUUUCUAUCAAUAUUCAUUUUCUACAUCUUAUGUGUAAUCUUCGUAUCCUGCUCUAAAGUGAAAGUGUUACGUCAAGCAUGUGAUGGCGAUACAUGUCCUACUGAUAAAUUCACAAACUUUGGAAUAAGCAAAGAAGACUUCUGUCAAAAAAGAAAUGCCACAUGUUUUGGUGAUGAUUGUCAUAUGUGCCAAUGUAAUGACUCUACCACAUUUCUGUCUUAUGAACAUGGCUGCCAUGAUGAUGACAGUGUGCAGAAAAUACUAAAUAAUGGCGAUACCUGUGCUUUCAAGUUUAAGGAUGGUCUAAGAAAGGUCAUCAUUAAGAAUGAUUUUUAUUAUAAAUGCAAAAAGAUCGAGGUUCCAAAGUCCGUUUUACAUUGUAACGACGUCAAUAACGUGUCGGUUAUUGAUAUUUUGGGCGGAAAAAUGCUGCAAUAUGUUACUCCAAAAUACUUUUCAUGUGAACAAGAUAAUACAGAUGGUCACUUGUGUUUAGAGUGUGAAAAUAGGUCUUGUGAAGUAGAAAAAGAUUUUAAAGCUGCUUUGGUUUAUCUUCAAUUUACACAUGAUGAGAAUCGCCAUACGUGUAUGAUGUUUAAAGUGGCUGGAUCAGAGAUUAAAGAUUUACCACGUAGUACUUCUGUACCACUCACAACAGUUACCACAAAAAAACAGAAAGAAAGUAAGCCUGCAGUGGUUGCAGCUAUUGUAGUCAGUGUACUGCUAAUAUUCAUCAUUGUUGUAGCCAGUGUACUAUGUUGGAGAAGAAAGAUGGGAGAAGGAAAGAAGAAAGAACGUGAAACACCUCUUAAUGAUUUACCAGGAGAUGAACAUGUAUACGCGGAAACUACUUUAGUAACAAGUCAAGAUGAAAAUAACAUUCCAAAGUACGAAACUGUAGAUGUAGUUGAUGGGAAGGACAAGCAAGCUGAAAACCUGUACUAUUCACCCGCAGAAGAGCGAAUUGACAAACGCGCUAAUCAAAUUCCAGGUAGUGAUUACGACACAUCUGUGUAUAGCGAUGUCAAAGAAAAACAAAUUGUCCAAAACGGGAUUGAUUUUGAUGACGACAAAUCUCCUCUUUUAAGUGGAGAUAAACCAAAAACGUUUGCUUUCCAGUCUGAUCAAUACGACGAAGUUGGAUCCGUAAUGCAUGGUAGUGCUGACUCAGCAAGAAAAGAAUAUGACGAAGUGGGGACUGUAAUCUUUCAUCAAUGACAUCACCUUAUCGGUGUUAAAAAAGCAUAAAUCUUGUUUGUCACUUGCCUUUUGUUUGUUUGUUUGUUUGUUUGUUUUUUGUCUCCAGUGCUUUUCUCUUGGGUCAUUGUGUGAUGUUUUUAUAUUUUUGAAUUUUCACUGGCGUUAAAAGAAGGGCGGUAAUCUUCUAGGGUGUUAAAAAGUACAUGCGGCAUAGAGGCAAAAGUAAAUUAGUAAAUUCCUCCUUCGACUCGAUUACCCAAAAGUUUUUCAGUGAACGAUAUUUGGUGCAGGAGGUAUAAUAUUCAUGCACGUUUCACAUGACAUUAUUUAUAUAGGUGACUUAAUUUAUAUUUAUUUAUUUAUAUUUUUAUUUAAAUGUUUGAAGUUUUAUAUUCUUAUUUACAUUUCGUAUUAGGAAGUAUAUUUUUUUACAUGCUGUAAAAUAUUUUUGUUGCAACUUUUACUUACAUAACACAGCGUUCGUGUUUUUCUAUGUGA